AUGGCCUUGUCUCCCCCAGGUCUUGGGGCCCAGGGUCCCAGCGGAGCUUUGCACUGGAGGGGUUCACCCCAGGUGGGGAGCCCGGAAGCCCCAGAGGUCACAGAGCCCAGCCGUCUGGUUAGGGAGAGCUCUGGGGGAGAGGUCCGAAAGCAGCAGCUGGACACAAGGGUCCGCCAGGAGCGGCCCGGAGGCCCGCCUGUGCACCUGGCCCAGGUGAGUUUCGUCAUCCCAGCCUUCAACUCCAACUUCACCCUGGACCUGGAGCUGAACCAUCACCUCCUCUCCUCACAGUAUGUGGAGCGCCACUUCAGCCGUGAGGGGACCACCCAGCACAGCACUGGGGCCGGAGACCACUGCUACUACCAGGGGAAGCUCCGCGGCAACCCACACUCCUUUGCGGCGCUGUCCACCUGCCAGGGGCUGCAUGGGGUCUUCUCUGAUGGGAACCUGACUUACAUCGUGGAGCCCCAAGAGAUGGCUGGGCCUUGGGGAGCCCCCCACGGACCCCUUCCCCACCUCAUUUACCGGACCCCUCUCCUCCCAGCCCCCCUCGGAUGCAGGGAACCAGGCUGCCUGUUUGCUGCCUCUGCCCAUUCCGCUCUUCCAAACCUGCCAAGGCUGAGAAGGAAAAGGCAGGUCCGCAGGGGCCACGCCACAGUGCACAGUGAGACCAAGUAUGUGGAGCUGAUUGUGAUCAAUGACCACCAGCUGUUUGAGCAGAUGCGACAGUCCGUGGUCCUGACCAGUAACUUUGCUAAGUCUGUGGUGAACCUGGCAGAUGUGAUAUAUAAGGAGCAGCUCAACACCCGCAUUGUGCUGGUUGCCAUGGAAACAUGGGCAGAUGGGGAUAAGAUCCAGGUGCAGGAUGACCUCCUGGAGACCCUGUCCCGGCUCAUGGUGUACCGUCGGGAAGGUCUGCCUGAGCCCAGCGAUGCCACCCACCUCUUUUCGGGCAGAACGUUCCAGAGCACCAGCAGCGGGGCAGCCUAUGUGGGGGGCAUCUGCUCAUUGUCACGAGGUGGGGGUGUGAAUGAGUAUGGCAACAUGGGGGCCAUGGCAGUGACCCUGGCUCAGACACUGGGGCAGAACCUGGGCAUGAUGUGGAAUAAGCACCGGAGCUCAGCAGGGGACUGCAAAUGUCCAGACAUCUGGCUGGGUUGCAUCAUGGAAGAUACUGGGUUCUACCUGCCCCGCAAGUUCUCCCGCUGCAGCAUCGAUGAAUACAACCAGUUUCUGCAGGAGGGCGGCGGGAGCUGCCUCUUCAACAAGCCCCUCAAGCUCCUGGACCCUCCCGAGUGCGGGAAUGGCUUCGUGGAGGCCGGGGAGGAGUGCGACUGCGGCUCAGUGCAGGAGUGCAGCCGCGCGGGUGGCAACUGCUGCAAGAAAUGCACCCUGACUCACGACGCUAUGUGCAGCGAUGGGCUCUGCUGUCGCCGCUGCAAGUACGAGCCGAGGGGCGUCUCUUGCCGAGAGGCGGUGAACGAGUGUGACAUCGCUGAGACCUGCACGGGGGACUCGAGCCAGUGUCCACCUAACCUGCACAAGCUGGAUGGUUACUACUGUGAUCACGAGCAGGGCCGUUGCUAUGGGGGUCGCUGCAAAACUCGGGACCGGCAGUGCCAGGCCCUCUGGGGCCAUGUGGCUGCUGAUCGUUUUUGCUAUGAGAAGCUGAAUGUGGAGGGGACAGAGCGUGGAAACUGUGGACGCAAGGGGUCCGGCUGGGUCCAGUGCAAUAAGCAGGAUGUACUCUGUGGCUUUCUCCUGUGUGUCAACAUUUCUGGAGCCCCUCGACUGGGAGACCUGGGGGGAGACAUCAGCAGUGUCACUUUCUACCAUCAGGGCAAGGAGCUGGACUGCAGGGGAGGCCAUGUGCAGUUGGCUGAUGGUUCUGACCUGAGCUAUGUGGAGGAUGGUACGGCCUGUGGGCCCAAUAUGCUAUGCCUGGACCAUCGCUGCCUGCCAGCCUCUGCCUUCAACUUCAGCACCUGCCCGGGCAGUGGGGAACGCCGAAUCUGCUCCCACCAUGGGGUCUGUAGCAACGAAGGGAAGUGCAUCUGUCAGCCUGACUGGACAGGCAAAGACUGCAGUAUCCACAACCCCCUGCCCACGUCUCCACCCACUGGGGAGACAGAGAGAUAUAAAGGUCCCAGCGGCACCAAUAUCAUCAUUGGCUCCAUCGCCGGGGCUGUCCUGGUUGCAGCUAUCGUCCUGGGCGGCACGGGCUGGGGAUUUAAAAACAUCCGCCGAGGAAGGUCUGGAGGGGCCUAAGAGCCAUCCCCCUCCUUCCGAGCCUGGCACCCACCGUCUCGGUCCUGAACCACGAGGCUGCCCCCACCCAGCCACGGAGGGAGGCACCGUGCAAAUGUCUUCCAGGUCCAAACCCUUCAACUCCUGGCUUCACAGGGGUUUGGGGUGGGGCUGUGGCCCUGCCCUUUGCACCACCUGGGUGGCCCUGCCUGGAGUUCAUUUCCUUCCCACAGUCCCCUGUUCCACCUCAUAUGGCUUUGGCCUCGCACAUCAAGUCUCCCCAUGUGAAUGUAGCUUUCAUCAUCACAGACCGGCACAGCUCAGGUGGGGGCCACCAGCGAACAUGGCCUUCAAAACCAGGCCUCUGGGACCAGGGCCUUCCUCUCUGGUACCUAGGGGGAAGGGACUGACAUUUUUUCCUUCUUCUUUUUCUUUUUUUAACUUAAUCUUAACAGAUGAAUGUAACUUUGGGGGUGCCAAGGCCAGGGCAGUUGUAAGGUUGUCUUGACACUCACAGCAGGACCUAGAGGCCUAGCCAGCCUCUAGGCCCUCCCCUGGGAGGCUUACACCUGGAAUCCUGUCACUGACCCCAGGUACAGGCUGGGCAUCCCUGCUCACCCCACCCUGCCCAGCCCCACAGAGCUUUGCAAGAAGUACAGUGCUGAUUCAAACCAAAGCUGCCUGUCCCAUGCCCACAGCCUAGGCUCUGGGUAUGGUGACCACAUGUCCCAGAUUGUCUUCAAUUCCAAAAUGACUGACCUUUCCCCUUAAAUGGGGUAGAAAAGGAGUAAGAGAAUAUAGUUUCUGAAAUAAAAUGUCACCUACCUGUCUCAGGGUUUAGGUGUCCCUGGUGUGGCCUGGUAGUUCCAGGCCAGGAGGACUCUCCAGUGAGGACUCUCCAGGUGGAGAGGGCCUGAGGUGACCCAGUGCCUGUGACAGGGAACAGAACGUCAGGAAAGGGCAGGCCUGGAUGAUCCUGGGCCUCUAUAGAGAGGUCCUCAGAACCCCCAGCAAACCCUUUCUACUCCCUACCUGAAUGCCAGGGCCAAGUAAUACGUUUACAGAUGUCCCCCAUCUGUCCCGAUUCCUGCCGAGGCCGAGCUGGAGAGCCAGGAGGAGGCCUACUGGCGGACUUCCUCACCCUCUGACAAGGUCUGCCGUGGCCUUCUCUCACCAUCCUUGCUCGGCUCCUAGGCCCCAAGUCAGCAGGCAGAGCAGGUCAGGGGUGGGCUGCCUUAUGGAUGAAAGCCACAAAUGAAUGGCAUCCCCUCCCUGGGGCAACCCCUCCCAGGGCGUGGCUGGGGGAUUCUGAAUACCCCAAGGGCCCCUAGCUGCCUGUCCAAGUCCCUCUUUUUCUGGAAUCUUUUUGAGGAAGGUCUUUUUAUGGAGAAAAUGGCUUCCUGUUUAUCUGAAGCACCCUCAAAGGCAAACCGAUAGAUGGUCUUUUGAGUGACUGGGUGGCAUCUGGUUACAGUGGGGUCCUCAGUACUCAGCCCCAGUGAGGGGACUGGGUGGGUGCCUUCCAGAGCAGGACAGGAGGAAGGGCACAAUACCUUGAGGACUCCAUCCUUGGGUGGCACAUGACAGCACAGGCAUGUAGAGCCAUAUCUUUGCAGGAAUGUGAAUGCUUGCACAUACACGGGCAUGUCUGUGUGUGUACAUGUGUGUAUGUGUGUGUGUGUGCAUAUCAGUGGCAGGCACAAGACUUCCUGUGACCAGUCCAGCUCCUGGCUGCCUGUAUCAUCCAGCCCCACCCUGGCAGUGCCCAGCCUGGCAGUUCCCAAGAAGGAAUGGGAGCUGCAUUGGCCUGGCAUGGACCUGGCUCCCUCUGCAUCCUGUAUAUACAUCAUCUGGGGCUGGGGGGGGAGGCAGGGCCAGGAGCAUCAAUUAAAGAUCUCAUCCUGGGGCUUCCAUGGAGCUCACA